AGACCCGGCCCAUUCAUUUGUGUCCUUUAUAGUGGACAUUUUGUUCACCUGUAUUUUCUUUUACUAUUUUGAGUUACCCUAUCAAGCCCUGCAUUACUCUUUAGAGGACAUCCUGGGCUUUCCAGUGAUGUGUCAUGUGAUAGGUUUGCAUGCUGGGAACUCACUUUUUCUUUUCAAUCAAAAUGGCUGGCAUACCAACAACCACAUUUUAUGGAAAGAGGAAAGGAGAAAGAAGUGAAGCAGAGAGGAUUUUAUACCGAAUAGUAGAGGGAGAUUCAGAUUUGGGGCUGUCAGAUGAGGAUGAGGAUGAGUAUCAGCCUGGGACAGGAGAAGAUGGUGAAGAAGGAGAGGAAGAAGAUGCAGGAGUAUCUGAUGAGGAGACAGACUCAGAACCAGAAAGGGAGCAGGAAAGUCGCCGUGCUUUGUGGGCCAGGACUACUUUGUAUGUUUUAUUUAGUUCUAGGCUAAUGUAUCCAAUUCUAUUAUCAUAUUAGAUUAUUGCUGUAUUAGUAUUUAGUAUUUUAGUACUUAUUUGUGUUUUUUUUCCAUCCAUCAUAAUAGAUUCACACCUGUGCUACCUGGGCUUCCUGUCUAUCAAGAUGACCCUAAAAUCCGAGAACACUGGAGUCCAAUCCAAUACUUUUCGCAGUACAUCGACGACAAAAUCUUUGAAGAUUUGGCAGCUUUUACAAAUCAAAGACAGCUGCAAACGACAGGAGUGUCACUAAAUACUACUGCUCAAGAAAUCAAGAUUUUCUUUGGCAUAUCAGUACACAUGGCCUGCCUUGGCUAUCCCAGAGUUAAAAUGUUUUGGGCUAAAAAAACUAAAGUGCCAGUUAUUAGCAGGAAAAUGACAAGGGAUAGAUUCUACAAGCUGAGAAGCUCACUCAAGAUUGUUGAUGAUCUGGAUGUAACAGAAGAGACAAAGGAGUCAGACAUUCUUUGGAGAGUCAGACCAUUGCUUGACCGUGUGAGGCAAGGUUGUCUCAGACUUCCAAGGUAUAAUAAGGUCUGCAUUGAUGAGCAAAUCAUCCCUUUCACAGGCCGCUGUCCAGUCAGGCAAUAUGUCCCAGGCAAGCCAAACCCUACUGGCCUAAAAGUCUUUGUCCUUGCCUCUCCAAAUGGUCUGGUGCUGGAUUUUGAGGUGUAUCAAGGGAAGAAUACGUUCAGGGGCCAAAGGUUGGGAGUUGGAGCUGCAGCAGUCUUGCGAUUGGUUGAAUCUCUUCCCACAGGAACCUGUGUAUUCUUUGAUCGAUACUUCACAACAAUCGAUCUCAUGGAUGCUUUGCUUGCAAAGGGUCUUCCAGCAACUGGAACAAUAAUGAGGAACCGAGUACCAAAGCCAUGCCAGCUACCAGGAGAUAAGCAGUUGCGAAAAGAAGGGAGAGGAGCAUCAGUGACGAUGGUCCGGAGGAGGCCUGAGCUGGCAAUCACUAAAUGGUUUGACAAUAAACCAGUGUUGAUGGCUUCCACUGUGUAUGGGAAAGAUCCAGAAGAUAUCUGUAGCAGAUGGUCCAACAAAGAAAAGGCUCAUGUCCAGGUGCGACGACCAGCAGUGAUCAGAGAAUACAAUGACAACAUGGGUGGCGUAGACCUGUGUGACCGAAUGCUGAGCUUUUAUCGCAUGUCAACCAGGACCAAGAAAUGGACAUCACGUGUGAUCGCUCAUUUCUUUGAUGUUGCCAUUACAAACGCUUGGAUCCAAUACAAGUCUGACAGUAAAGCGAUUAAUCGAUCAUCUAAGAACACCCAACAGUAUCUGGACUUCAAAUUGCACCUGGCUGAAGAGCUGUUGGAUAGUCCUUCAUUUGAUGACAGCAGUGAAGUCAGUGAAGAAGAGUAUCAGCCACCAACCAAAACAAGGAUCCCUCAACCAGAGCCCUCUGUACGCAGACUAGGGGCCAGGCACAUGCCAGAGAUGGUGGAUAUCAAGCAUGCAGAAAGAUGCAGGAAUAAGGGCUGCAAUGGCAAGACAUACAUGAGGUGUACCAAAUGCAAGAUGUUUCUCUGCAUCACCAAAAGGAAAACGUGCUUCCAGGAUUAUCACCGCUAAAAUAUCCAAAAGAAGAACUGUAGAACUGCUUAUGUUCAAUGUUCAACUAAAUACACAGGCAACUAUUGUCCUUGCAAGCAAUAAGCAACAGAAAACAAUGAAGAGUGAUAAAGAAUUUAGUUUUUGAUCAA